AUGAACAAGUUGCCGCAACCACCACGGUAUCCUUUGAAUAUGCACAACAACACGCGCCGUCGCUCCGUAACAUACCAAUCUUGUCCAAAUGCAGGUGCAAAAAAAGGCGUGAGCUUGUUAAAAGCAAUUCCUGAAUAUACAGUAACCAAACUAAGCGAAGAAUAUCAGAUAACUUCCUGGAAAAUAUUAGAAAAUUCUAUCUUUAAUUUAAUUCAGCAAUUGAACUCAGAAGACAAAAUCAAAGAAAUUAAAAAAAAGAUUUUACGUUUAAAUAUUAUGCGUGGUAGAGGUAUACUUUGCAAAUGUGUUAUGGAUGCUCAGUUAGCUUCAACCGGUAAUACUUACAUCUAUGCUUUGUUUAUUGCCCUUAUCUACGACCAGAUUCCAACAAUAGGGGAAUUAAUCUUGAUACGUUGUCUUAAGCAAUUUAAAAAUGCAAGUAAGACGAAAGAUAAAUGUGUACUUUUGGCAUCUGUUCUAUUUAUUUCGUACUUGAUUAGUUACGAUGUAGUUUCACCGCUUGUGGUAGUUAAACUACUAAAGAUUUUUAUCAAAAUUCCCUCCCAGGAUUCAGUUGAUGCAACUUUCGUGCUYCUCAAUACAUGUGGAUAUAAAUUGGAUGAGCAUAAUAAAAAGGACCUCAAUAAGAUUGUAAAUAAUGUGCAUAACAAAUCAGUAUACGACAUGCGGUUCGCUAAAAAGAUUCGACGUAUGGUACAAAUAAUAAUGCGAACUGUUUCGCUAAAUGGAUUGAAAUUCAGGGGUCCUAUAAUAUCAAGAUCUCCUUUGAAUAUUUUUUCGGGAAAAAAAAUCAAACCAGAUUAUAGUUUGGAUUCUUAUAGUUACGAUCCAGAUUAUGAAGCUAAUGAACAUAUGUAUUCAUUAUUUCGUGAUCAAAUAUUGGAUAAUGAUAUUAAAGAUGAAUACAUACUAAUGUACGAUCAUAAUACCUAUGGCGUAGGAAGAAAUAUUUUGUCAGAUCAACAGAUUUCUAAUUGA